GGGGGCAGAUAAAGGAAAAGGGAGGGGAACAAACCGUCAGAUCCGGGCUGUGCUCCUGCGCCUGCUGGGUGGGGUUUCCUGAGAUGCGCAUUCUGAGCUAUUCUUUCCACUCUGGGCAUCCGUCCCUGGCAGGGAGGAGGGCAGGCUGCCUGGACCAGUCAGCUGCUCCUUUCCAUCCCUCCGUCCAGUACACACACUUUCCUCUUGCUGUAACCCCAGUAGCUCAGGCCUCCUCUGCAGAUUCUGGAGCCUUAACCCUUCAGAUACCCCCAGGAGAGCCCCAGCCGGGGCCUCAGUAGGCCAACAGCAGGAUUACCACACUGAGAGGGCUCCAGGGGAGGAUGUGCUUCCACCUCUGCAUCUGAAAACCGUGACACCCAGCAAGUCCUGCUGUCUGAGCUCACCCACUUGUGCCGCUGCUGUGGUAGAAAGCAGGGGCUCUGGUUCCUUCCUAAUGGGGGACUGUGGCCCUGAGAGAGGAGCAAACUUAGAUCUAUAACGGGCAAGGAUAGGGCACAGUCUGAAUGCCUUGAUACCAGGCAUUGUGAGGCGAGGAAGAAUGUUCUAAUGAUUCGAGCUGUCUGCAGCCAAGGGGCUUGCUCCACAUUGCUGGAGUUCCUUCAAGCAGAAGGCAGAUGCCAGCCCCACACCUCAUCCCUAGCGGAGGCCUCGAUGAUGUGGAAGUGCCCAGGGCCCUUAUGGAGGCUGGGCAGGAGCCCAAGAGCAGGCUGUAAGGCUGCCAGACCUGGCAGCCAUGGGCCCCGGUGGCUCUUGCCAGUCUGACAGUGUUCUUGGCACUGCUCAGAGGUCCCAGCAGCUGGGGUUCCCCUUCAGCCUGUGAGCGGCCAUGUCCAACCCCAGCGCCCCACCACCAUAUGAGGACCGCAACCCCCUAUACCCAGGCCCUCCGCCCCCUGGGGGCUAUGGGCAGCCAUCCGUCCUGCCAGGAGGGUAUCCUGCCUACCCUGGCUACCCGCAGCCUGGCUACGGUCACCCUGCUGGCUACCCACAGCCCAUGCCCCCCAUCCACCCGAUGCCCAUGAACUACGGCCCAGGCCAUGGCUAUGAUGGGGAGGAGAGAGCGGUGAGUGAUAGCUUCGGGCCUGGAGAGUGGGAUGACCGGAAAGUGCGACACACUUUUAUCCGAAAGGUUUACUCCAUCAUCUCCGUGCAGCUGCUCAUCACCGUGGCCAUCAUCGCUAUCUUCACCUUUGUGGAACCUGUCAGCGCCUUUGUGAGGAGAAAUGUGGCUGUCUACUACGUGUCCUAUGCUGUCUUCGUUGUCACCUACCUGAUCCUUGCCUGCUGCCAGGGACCUAGACGCCGUUUCCCAUGGAACAUCAUCUUGCUGACCCUUUUUACUUUUGCCAUGGGCUUCAUGACAGGUACCAUUUCCAGUAUGUACCAAACCAAAGCCGUCAUCAUUGCAAUGAUCAUCACUGCGGUGGUAUCCAUUUCAGUCACCAUCUUCUGCUUUCAGACCAAGGUGGACUUCACCUCGUGCACAGGCCUCUUCUGUGUCCUGGGAAUUGUGCUUAUGGUGACUGGGAUUGUCACUAGCAUUGUGCUGUACUUCAAAUACGUUUACUGGCUCCACAUGCUCUAUGCUGCUCUGGGGGCCAUUUGUUUCACCCUGUUCCUGGCUUACGACACACAGCUGGUCCUAGGGAACCGGAAGCACACCAUCAGCCCGGAGGACUACAUCACUGGCGCCCUGCAGAUUUACACAGACAUCAUCUACAUCUUCACCUUUGUGCUGCAGCUGAUGGGGGAUCGCAAUUAAGGAGCAAGCCCCUGUUUCACCUGACCCUGGGCUCUCCCUUCCAAGCUAGAGGGCUGGGCCUUGUGACUGUGGUCUGGGCUUCAGGCCCCUUUCCUUCCCCUUGAGUAACAUGCCCAGUUUCCUUUCUGUCCUGGAGACAGGUGGCCUCUCUGGCUAUGGAUGUGUGGGUACCUGGUGGGGAUGGAGGAGCUAGGGACUGACCGUUGCUCUUGGUGGGCUUGGCAGGGACUAGGCUGAAGAUGUGUCUUCUCCCCACCACCGACUAUAUGACACCACAUUCUUCCUAACAGCUGGGGUUGGGAGGAAGAUGAAAAGAGCCUAUUUGAUAGCUAGAAGGGAAUAUGAAAGGUAGAAGUGACUUCAAGGUCACGAGGUUCCCCUCCCACCUCUGUCACAGGCUUCUUGGCUAUGCAGUUGGAGCUGCUGCUUCCCCCAGCAAAGCCAGAGAGAUUUAUCCCCGGCGUCCUGGACACAUAGGCCAUUAUCCUGUAUUCCUUUGGUUUGGCAUCUUUUAGCUCAGGAAGGUAGACGAGAUCUGUGCCUGUGGGUCUCCUUGCUUCAAUCCCUUCUUGUUUCAGUGACAUAUAUAUAUUGUUUAUCUGGGUUAGGGAUGGGGGACAGAUAAUAGAAUGAACAAAGUAACCUAUACAGGCCAACACGGAACAGCAUCUCCCCUGGGCUUGCUGCUGGCUUGUGACGGUAUAAGACAGAGCAGGCCACAUAUGGCCAUCUGCUCCCCAUUCUUCAAAGCUGCUGGGGCCUCCUUGCGGGCUUCUGAGAUCUCUGGUCAGAGUGAACUCUUGCUUCCUGUAUUCAGGCAGCUCAGAGCAGAAAGUAAGGAGCAGAGUCAUACGUGUGGCCAGGAAGUAGCCAGGGUGAAGAGAGACUCGGUGCGGGUAGGGAAAAUGCCUGGGGGUCCCUCACCUGGUUAGGGAGAGACUGAAGCCCACUGUGGCACUGAAGACUUCUGUAUUCUUCCCUCCUGCUAACCCAGGGACGGUCCUAAGAGGAAGGUGACUUCUCUCUGUUUGUCUUAAGUUGCACUGGGGGAUUUCUGACUUGAGGCCCAUCUCUCCAGCCAGCCACUGCCUUCUUUGUAAUAUUAAGUGCCUUGAGCUGGAAUGGGGAAGGGGGACAAGGGUCAGUCUAUCGGGUGGGGGCAGAAAUCAAAUCAGCCUAAGGAUAUAGUUAGGAUUUCUCUAUUAAGUAAUUAGUCCUAAAUAUAUCACACAAAGGGACACAACUAUAAAUGUAAUAAAGUUUAUGUCUAGAAGUUAAAA